UGGCGACAGGUCCGUAUGAUAUCUUUGAAAGAGAAUCAUGAAUUUGGAAUUGCUUGAAUCAUUUGGUCAGAAUUUUCCAGAGGAGUUUGAUGGAGCCUUAGACUGUAUCAGUUUGGCUGUUACCUGUGCCUUCAACAAACGGGGGACUCUACUGGCUGUUGGUUGCAAUGAUGGCCGUGUUGUUAUUUGGGAUUUUCUAACAAGAGGAAUAGCCAAAAUAGUUAGUGCUCAUGUCCAUCCAGUUUGUUCUCUGAGCUGGAAUCGUAGUGGACACAAGCUAUUAAGUGCUUCAACAGACAACACCGUCUGUAUAUGGGAUAUCAUGACUGGAGAGUCAGAAUACAGAUAUCGCUUUCCAUCCCCUAUAUUGAAAGUCCAGUUUAAUCCACGGAGUGAGAACAUGUUUCUGGUUUGUCCAAUGAAACAUGCUGCUGUUCUGGUCAGUGUUGAGGGAAGUCAUUCAGUUGUACCUUUGGAUGAUGAGUCUGAUGUCAAUAUAGUUGCUGCUUUUGAUAGACGUGGAAAGUAUGUUUACACUGGAAAUGCCAAGGGAAAGAUCCUUGUUUUAUCGGUUGACAACUUGGAAUUGGCUGCAUCAUUUCGAGUUACAACAGGUACUUCCAACACAACGGCUAUCAAAUCCAUUGAAUUUGCCAGGCGUGGGGACUGUUUUCUGGUGAAUACAGCAGACAGAGUCAUUAGAGUGUAUGAAAGUGGAGAAGUUUUAGCUUGUGGUAGAGAUGGAGAGCCAGAACCAAUACAAAGGCUUCAAGACUUGGUCAACAAGACAAUGUGGAAAAAAUGCUGUUUCUCUGGAGAUGGUGAAUUCAUCUGUGCUGGUUCAGCAAGGCAACAUGCUUUAUAUAUUUGGGAGAAGAGUGUAGGAAACCUGGUGAAAAUUCUUCAUGGAACAAAAGGAGAAUUAUUACUAGAUGUUGUGUGGCAUCCAGUUCGUCCAAUCAUUGCUUCAAUAUCCAGUGGUGUGGUCUCUAUCUGGGCACAGCCUCAAGUUGAAAAUUGGAGUGCUUUUGCUCCAGACUUCAAAGAACUUGAUGAAAAUGUAGAGUAUGAAGAACGUGAAAGUGAAUUUGAUCAGGAAGAUGAAGAUCGUAGCCCACAGCUUCAUCCAGAAACUCAGGAAGAUGAUGAGGAGGUUGAUGUUGUCACAGUGGAACCAAUAGCUGCUUUUUGCAGCAGUGAUGAAGAUCAAGCAGAUGAUGAAGAGGCCUUAAUGUAUCUGCCUAUUUCUCCAGAAAUUGAUGAGCCAGAAGAAGGUUGGGGACCUUUACAUGACCAGCCUUUAGAAGAGUCUAACUUAAAAAGACCCCCGUCAUCAACAGACCAUCAUAGCACCAAAAAGAAGAAAUUAAAGACAGUAGAAAUUGAGUUGCAAGAUGCCCCUAAAGAUGAGUGUCACCCUUUACUAAAUCCUCGUUCAAAAGAAAAACCUCAACAGCCAAAAAAAACAGGUCGUCAGAAAACUCAUAAAAGUGGAGCUGGCUCUGAAGGAAAACUUCAUCACAGGUCAAAACACAGAGGUGAAAAAAUGCGAGAAAAAUAUCAUGAGAUACUCUAACAUUAAUACUGCACUGUGUUUCAUUGGAAUUCACCUGGGAUUCCGUGGAGUUAAGAUGUUGGGAAAACUGGAAUCUGCUAAGUAUGAAUUAACAAGUUUCUAGGAAGACUGGAAUCUGCUAAGUAUGAAUUAACAAGUUUCUAGGAAAACUGGAAUCUGCUAAGUAUGAAUUAACAAGUUUCUAAGUAUUUUCACUGCAGUUUAACUAAAACUUUAACUUGUAGAUUUUGUUUUGUUAUUCAUAAACACUGUAAAUUUAGGUAGUGCUUACAGAAUUAUAAGUUUUCCAAGAUGCUCUAUUUUGUAUGGUAUACGUUUACUGUAAUUUCUAAUAUAGGAUUCAGCAUUAAAUAUGAAGCAAGUACCAAAGAAAUGGGCAAAUUCAACCGGUUCAUGAAAUAUAACUUUUCACAUCAAUAUUUAAUGUUGCUCAGCUUACAUUGUUGAUGUUUUCAAGUGUUUUAUGUAUGAAAACACUCGGUCCAAAUACCUCUGGAACAGAGGGUGUCACUUUGUGUGUAACUCACCCAACUAUUCAUUUGUUGUAAGAUUAACUUCAAGGCUGUAACAAACUUCCAUCCUGUGUUCCUGAGGUGCGGUUUUAAUUAAAUUAAUAUUUUUAGUUUUUUAAAUGAUAUCUCUACGUUUGGAGAAAAAUGGAUUGUAUACACACACAUGUACAUAUUAAUAUGUAUACACUAUUGUCAAUUUUAACCAUUGAAAAAUUUAUAGCUUUCUUCUUUCUUCCCCCCUCUCCCCUUAAAUGCUUAAAUUAAGAGUUUACCUUUUUUUUUUAUGUAUUAAUGCUUUGAUUUAUGUUUAGAACUUAAAAUUGCUAUUACAAGUCCAUAAAGGAUAUUAUUUUAUAUUCACGUUAGUAACGAUACCCUUUGCUUAACUGGGUGAACUCGCACAGUUUGUUCAACUUUUACCAGGAUGAUAACUUUACAUUUACACAUUUUCUUCACUGCUGCCAUUAUUGAUGUAAAAUACCUUUCUGGCUAUUGCCAGGGUUAAGUAAUAACCAAAGAGAAUAAUUUUUUUUUGCUUUAUUGCUGGACUUUCAUUCCAGUACUUGUUCACCACUCAAACCAGCAAAAUUGCAUUUGUAUUUAUGCAUAUAUUUUUCAAAGCACUAUAGCUGGAUUGUAUGAAUUGGUACAUUGAAAAAAAAAUGAAACUAUAUAGUUGUAAAUAGUUUUUGAUAAUACAUUUUUGA